AUGUAAGCCAAUCAAGUUCAAUUUCCCAACCAAAAGUACAAAACGCAGCUUUGCAGACACUUCAUAACAAAUGGAAAUUGUGCUUUAGGAGCAAGAUGUUAAUUUGCUCAUGGAAGACAGGAGCUUAGAGCAAAUGCUAAUGGAUUUUAGCCCAAUUCUGAAUUCAUUAUGCAUUAGAAUCCUCAAGUAGCUCCACCCCUCAAGGUGUAACCAAUUAAUCCCAUGAUUGCGAAUUAUAAGACAUAAUUAUGCAAGCACUUCAACCCAUAAACAGGAUAAUGCAAAAAUGGAGCUACUUGCACUUUUGCUCAUGGGGAAUAGGAACUUAAUUAAAUGAAUCCCUAUUUCCAAAAUCAAUAUAUGCUUAUGCAGCAACAAAUCAAAUAGCAAAACUAAGCUUAGAUAUAAGCUGAGCUCACAUAAUAAAUAUUAAUUAUGAUUCUGUCAAACAUGGAACAUAUUUUUCCAGGCUAACAAGACAUCAUAAACGUGUUGAAAUAGGGCCAAGAAAAAGCCAAGUAGGGUGAUAAUUAAGGAGCAAGCGAAAUUAUUAAAUUGAUUAUUCAUGAUGAGCAGAGAACCAAGGAGGAGAAAUAAUAAUAUCAAUAAAUUUACAACAACGCACAAAGACAUUAUGAUUCAAAAUUAAAAGAGUACUUAAACCAAUGA